AAAUACAAUUUUGACCCGGGAACACUUUUGACUAAAAUUAUAGGUUGUUUUCGAGUUAAAAUGUUAUUAAUAUUUUUAUUUCAUUGCUUUUAAAAAUGAAAAUUUACUUUCUCUGACUAAUUUCACUUCCUCUUAAUACGAACUUCUUUAAAUACAUUUGAAUGUAAUUUUAUACUGAAAAGGUCGAUAGCUUUAAGCCUUCACUCCUACUUCUUUUAACUUUUUAGUUCAGAAAUAUCAUUCAUAAGCUAAGCAAUUUCGUCAUUGAAGGUUUUCUGUUGAAUACCAUGUCCUCAAGUGAAGAUGAUGCAAAGUCAAAUACAAAAACCAAGAAACGUCGUAAACGAACGAAUGGAUUCGAAGAAUGGGGUGGUUAUAUGGCUGCUAAAAAAUCCAAACUUGAAGCUCAGUUUCAAGGUCAGCAACCUAUUGAAUUACAAAAUGAACAGCAAUCAUCAAUAUUCAAAGAAGUCUCCAUAUUUGUAAAUGGUUAUACUAAUCCAUCUGCUGAUGAACUUAAGAGAUUGAUGCGUUUGCAUGGUGGAAUAUAUCAUCAUUAUUAUUCACAUUCGAAAACAACGCACAUUAUUGCAUCAAAUCUGCCAAGCAGCAAAAUAAAGAAUUUAAAGAAUGAAAUUGUAGUCACCGCUGCAUGGAUUACUGAUAGCAUAAAAGCUGGAAAAUUGUUGCCAACUCAUGACUAUCUACUUUAUUCACCUGAAACAAAAGAUAAGCAAAGGACAAUAUGUUUCAACAAAUUACCUACAAAAUCUGAUAACCAACCAGUCAGUUAUGUACCAAUAUUGAACUCAGUCGAUGAAUCUGACACUAUACGUGAGAAUUCCACAAAAUCUCCUAUUGCAGAUUAUAGUGAUCUUGACAUAGUGACUUCUCCGCCUUGUUUUGAAAAUUCAGAAUCUUCUUCUGAAGAAGCAAUUAAUAAAUGUGAAACUAGCGAUACAAUAUUGCCAAAUGUGCAAGAAAAAAAAUGUGCUGUGCCAUCGUAUACUGUUGUGAAUACUGACUCUACUUUGUUGCAAAAACCAGACCUUGCAAUGAAAGCUGGACAUCCUGAUUUCCUUUCUGAGUUUUAUGGUCAUUCAAGAUUGCAUCAUAUUUCUACUGGGGGUCAAGAGUUGAAACGUUAUGUUCAGUAUCUUAUUGAGAGCAAAAAAGAUUUCUCCGGUCGAGAAAAACUUGUGAGAUAUGCGGAGCAACAUGCUGUAUCACUUGAUGCAGAUCCCCUUCAAGAUGCUUGGAAUCUUCAGGAAAAUAAGAAACAAUCCCAUGUCAUUAUGCAUUUAGACAUGGACUGCUUUUUUGUGUCCGUCGGACUCAGAAAACAUCCUGAGUUGAAAGGCUUACCUGUUGCUGUUACUCAUUCUAAAGGAAAAAGAGGAAAGCCCCAAGAUGGUAGUGAUGUACAAUAUGAAAUGUCUCAUUAUUCUAACAAGCAUGACAAACUUAAAGGCUUGAUGGAUGUUGACGAGGAAAAAGAAUAUGAUAUGCCAAAACCUAAAAUAUCGGUACAUUCCAAAGAUUAUGGAUCUUUGUCUGAAAUAGCUAGCUGUAGCUAUGAAGCUCGGAAAGCUGGUUUAAGGAAUGGAAUGUUUCUAGGUGAAGCACUGCGGCUCUGCCCGAACUUGAAAACUAUUUCUUAUGAUUUUGAAAGUUACUCAGAAGUAUCAAGGCAACUAUAUGAUAUAGUUUCUAGUUAUACUUUAGAUAUUGAAGCAGUUAGUGUAGAUGAGCUAUAUAUUGAUUGUACAGAGUUAUUACGACACACCAAAGUAUCUUCGAGCAUGUUUGCCUCUGUUUUAAGGGAAGAAGUUUUUGAGAAAACAAAAUGCACUGCAUCUGCUGGGCUUGGAUCUAAUAUGUUGCUUGCUCGUCUUGCCACAAAAAUUGGCAAACCAAAUGGCCAGUAUCAUGUUUUGGACUCUGAUGUUGAGGAAUUUAUGAAAAAACAAAAAGUUGAUGAUUUACCAGGUGUUGGCUAUAGAACUUCAAAAAAGUUCAAACAACGAGGAAUCGUAACGUGUGGGGACCUGCAAAAUUUGAGUUUGGCUAAACUGCAACAAGAAUUUGGUCCCAAGACUGGUGAAUCUAUAUACAAUAAAUGUAGGGGUGUGGAUAAUAGAGUAGUGCAAGUCCAGAAAGAUCGAAAAUCGGUGUCAGCUGAGAUCAACUAUGGCAUAAGAUUUGAAACGGAUGAAGAUGUAAAUCAGUUUAUUAAUGAAUUAGCAGUUGAAGUACAGAAUCGCCUUAAAAUUAUUAACUCUAAAGGAAAGGCUAUCACAUUAAAGCUUAUGGUUAGAAGACCUAAUGCUCCUAUAGAAACUGCCAAAUUCAUGGGACAUGGGGUGUGUGAUAACAUGUCUAAAUCUGUUGCUUUAAAAUCUGCUACAGACAACUCAAAAAUAAUAGGUAAUGAAUGCUGUACAUUGGCUAGAUCACUGAAAAUCAACCCUCAAGAUUAUAGAGGAGUUGGAAUACAAGUGAGUAAACUUGAACCAGCUGAAAAAGAAGAGGCAGCCCAAAACACCCUGAGAAACUUUUUUAAUCAAAAAGACAGCUCUUCAAAAUCUAUUGAAUCAAGGUCUCCAAAAAAAUUAGAAAAAGCACUUAAGACACCUGAAAAGAACACAAUAAAACAUUUCUUAUCGAAACCGAAGCAAAAGCUGUCUUAUGACAUAACAGAUUAUGAUCAACUCGAUCAGAGUGUUUUAAAUGCUUUGCCAGAAGAUAUAAAGAAAGAAGUUCUUGAAAACUGUUCAAAACUAGCUAAAAACCCUGUAGUAUUGCAAUCUGAGAAAGCACCUACUUCUUCUAAGUGUGUUUCAACCAACGUUUCCAGCAACAAACUUGGGCAGAAAGAACUAAAAAACCCAACAAUCAUCACAGGACAUGAGAACAAACCAUCCACUUCAAAACAAUCUUCAUUAAUAGAGAUUGAAAAGAAAAAUGAAUUGCCAAAGAAUCAAAACUUAAUUAAAAUGCUUGCAAGCAAUAACAGUUCAAGUAAAAUCAAACCUCACAAGAAAAGAGUGAUUGAAUUUUUUAUCACUUGGGGUGAAAGGGAAAAUAAAUCUCUUUCAUCUAAGCCUCUCAAACAGGCUAGUCUCGGUGGUGCAGUUGAACUUGAUGAUGUCAGGAAACUUUUGAAAGAAUGGAUUCUAAAUACACAAACACCUUUGGAGGAAGAUAUUGAAGAAUUUAGGCAGUUUUUAUUGGACAGUAUAGAUCAGGAUCUCUCUAAAGUUUCCUUGCUUUUGAAAUAUUUUUACAGGUUAGCUUGUUCGCAUGGUUUAAUGUGGAAAGAAGCAUAUUUGUCUAUUCUUUCUUAUGUUCAGCAAAAGAUGCUUCAAAAUUUUGGUGCUAUGUUAUCUGCAAACAGUGAUUUUCCAGCCUAAACUUUGAUGAAUUUCCCAUUCCCAAUAGAGCUUAAUUUUUUAUCUGUACAUUGUUAUAUUUUUUAGAUUAAAUAUUUUUUAAAAAUUCA